UUACAGGCGUGAGCCACUGCGCCUGGCCUCACAGGCAUUUAUACAUUUUCAAAUAUCCCUCCUUGUUCUGCUCCCCUGGGUGUGUUUCCAGCUCUGAUGAACCUCAGCUUCUCCACAGUGCUAUGCUUUCCACCCUCAAAAGACUGGAGGAUAGCUUGCCCUGGACUUCCUUCCCCAGUCAAGAGUUAAAAUAGCUCCUUCCAUCAUUUCAAGGAACUGUGCUAGGCCACCACAUGCUGAAUAGGCUCUCACUAGUCUUUGUCAUCCACCUUCUCAGAUCGAUGAUAGUGGCUGAAUAAAUAUUGCAAGGAAUAGCAGCUGAGCUGUCACCUGUUGACACCUGAGGACAGGAGACUGUGGUAGUGCCAUGCUGUUGGCUUGUGCAGGUGGAUGAACCGGGGAAUGAUGCUAAGGUCAAAGGGGGGUUUUUGAUCCAGAGGAUCAAAUUCAGGUUGAACAGCAUGAAGAUAGGGACUGAGAUGAAGGAGGAGUAUUUGCAUCAAGACUGAGGGAUGGCCGGGCAUGGUUGUCUCAUGCAUGUCAUCCUAGCACUUUGGGAGGCUGAGGUGGGAGGAUCACUUGAGCUCAAGAGUUCGAGACCACCCUGGGCAAUAUACUGAGACCCAGUCUCGAAAAGUUGGGAGGAUGACAAAUCGAGGUUGCACUGAGCAAGCCGUCUUAACUUUUGGCUAAGGCAUCAUUUCCAUGCGUUGGGACUUAAUUGGUUUUCCCUCGUCUCCAAAGUUCAGAUCUUUUCCUGCUGAUCCUUUGAUUCCAGAUGUGCAGAGGGGAGUCUGAACAAGAGCCAGAACUGGAACUCACAUGGACGUUGACAGAGACCAGGCCUUCAGCCCUGGUGGAACUUGGCCUGAAUAGAGAACUGCUGUGAAGACGAGGCUGGGAGAUGGAUGGGGGCAGUGGGACUCCGUGGCACACUGGCAAUCCCUGGUCACCGCUUCUCAGAACCCACCAAAGAUGGCCUGAGCAUUGGAGUAAAAUACUCCUUUUUGAGGAGGUGGUGUCCAAGCAGACACCUGAAAGAUGGGAAGCAGCAGCCCAGCUUGGGGAAAGGACAAUUCAGGUGAUCAUCCCGCUGGGCAAAACACCUGCAAGAUGCAGCGACCAACCCCGGAUUCAGAACAACUUCAACAGUUUUCGUAGAGACGAGGUUUCACCACGAUGUCUAAGGCUGGUUUCAAACUCCUGGGCCCAAGCAAUCUGCCCACCUUGGCCUCCCAAAAUGCUGAGAUUACAGGUGUCAGCCACCAUGCCCAGCCCUAUCUCUCCUGCAGCUACUGUGGAUGAAAAGCAAGCCAUGUUUGUGAGAACCGUGACUCUUGGGAGAUAGAAACAAACAAAACCAGAGAGAGAGAGAAGAAACAGUGUGGUUUUCCCUCUUUGAAGCCACACUAAAGAGAAAGAAUAAGCCUUGAAAUCCUCAGUGUCAACUAAAUGCCAGCUCGUCCCAAGCCUGCCUGUCCCCAGCAUGGAGGCGGGACAGUGGAAGAGUGGCUGAGGCUGGAGUUUGGAGUUUGACCCGCUUGGAGGCUCUCUCAGCAGCAGGCAUAUAGAAGGAAGGUCACUGCUGUCUCUGGAAGCUCUUGGCUGCAAAGGGAGAGGAUCCCGGGUGUCUCCCUCCUUACAGCCAUCGCCACCUCCUAGUGCCUUAGAAGCCACCGACAGCCCCCAGGGCAGGUGAGCCCUGCAUCUGAAAUAAGGAUCCUGAGGUCUCGUUCAGGACCAUGGAGAGCGGCACCAGCAGCCCUCAGCCUCCACAGUCAGAUCUCCUGGAUGUGUUUCCCCAGAAGGGCUUGGAGCCUGGGGACAUCGUGGUGCUGGUUCUGUACUUCCUCUUUGUCCUGGCUGUUGGACUAUGGUCCACAGUGAAGACCAAAAGAGACACGGUGAAAGGUUACUUCCUGGCUGGAGGAGACAUGGUGUGGUGGCCAGUGGGUGCAUCCUUGUUUGCCAGCAAUGUUGGAAGUGGACAUUUCAUUGGCCUGGCAGGGUCAGGUGCUGCUACGGGCCUUUCUGUAUCAGCUUAUGAGCUUAAUGGCUUGUUUUCUGUGCUGAUGUUGGCCUGGAUCUUCCUCCCUAUCUACAUUGCUGGUCAGGUCACCACGAUGCCAGAAUACCUACGGAAGCGCUUCGGUGGUAUCAGAAUUCCCAUCAUCCUGGCUGUACUCUACCUGUUUAUCUACAUCUUCACCAAGAUCUCGGUAGACAUGUAUGCAGGUGCCAUCUUCAUCCAGCAGUCUUUGCACCUGGAUCUGUACCUGGCCAUAGUUGGGCUGCUGGCCAUCACUGCUGUAUACACAGUUGCUGGUGGCCUGGCUGCUGUGAUCUACACGGAUGCACUGCAGACACUGAUCAUGCUUAUAGGAGCGCUCACCUUGAUGGGCUACAGUUUCGCCGCAGUUGGUGGGAUGGAAGGCCUGAAGGAGAAGUACUUCUUGGCCCUGGCCAGCAACCGGAGCGAGAACAGCAGCUGCGGGCUGCCCCGGGAAGAUGCCUUCCAUAUUUUCCGAGAUCCACUGACAUCUGAUCUCCCGUGGCCAGGGGUCCUGUUUGGAAUGUCCAUCCCAUCCCUCUGGUACUGGUGCACGGAUCAGGUGAUUGUCCAGCGGACUCUGGCUGCCAAGAACCUGUCCCAUGCCAAAGGAGGUGCUCUGAUGGCUGCGUACCUGAAGGUGCUGCCCCUCUUCAUAAUGGUGUUCCCUGGGAUGGUUAGCCGCAUCCUCUUCCCAGAUCAAGUGGCUUGUGCAGAUCCAGAGAUCUGCCGGAAGAUCUGCAGCAACCCCUCAGGCUGUUCUGACAUCGCGUAUCCCAAACUCGUGCUGGAACUCCUGCCUACAGGGCUCCGUGGGCUGAUGAUGGCUGUGAUGGUGGCGGCUCUCAUGUCCUCCCUCACCUCCAUCUUUAACAGUGCCAGCACCAUCUUCACCAUGGACCUCUGGAAUCACCUCCGGCCUCGGGCAUCUGAGAAGGAGCUCAUGAUUGUAGGCAGGGUGUUUGUCCUGCUGCUGGUCCUGGUCUCCAUCCUAUGGAUCCCUGUGAUCCAGGCCAGCCAGGGUGGUCAGCUCUUCAUCUACAUCCAGUCCAUCAGCUCCUACCUGCAGCCGCCCGUGGCGGUGGUCUUCAUCAUGGGAUGUUUCUGGAAGAGGACCAAUGAAAAGGGUGCCUUCUGGGGCCUGAUCUCGGGCCUGCUCCUGGGCUUGGUUAGGCUGGUCCUGGACUUUAUUUACGUGGAGCCUCGGUGCGACCAGCCAGAUGAGCGCCCGGUCCUGGUGAAGAGCAUCCACUACCUCUACUUCUCCAUGAUCCUGUCCACGGUCACCCUCAUCACUGUCUCCACCGUAAGCUGGUUCACAGAGCCGCCCUCCAAGGAGAUGGUCAGCCACCUGACCUGGUUUACUCGUCAUGACCCUGUGGUUCAGAAGGAACAAGCACCACCAGCAGCUCCCUUGUCUCUUGCCCUCUCUCAGAAUGGGAUGCCAGAGGCCAGCAGCAGCAGCAGAGUCCAGUUCGAGAUGGUCCAAGAAAACAUGUCUAAAACCCACAGCUGUGACAUGACCCCGAAGCAGUCCAAAGUGGUGAAGGCCAUCCUGUGGCUCUGUGGAAUACAGGACAAGGGCAAGGAAGAGCUCCCGGCCAGACCAGAACCCGUCAUAGUUUCCCUGGAAGAAAACCCCUUGGUGAAGACCCUCCUGGACGUCAACCUUAUUUUCUGCGUGCCAACAGCAUCUCCUUGACAAGCGCCUAUGUCCCUGCUUCCUCCAGAGGACAAGUUCAGACAUCAUGAUGGGAGCAUCUCCGAGGCUCCAUGGAGACACCUGACCGUGGACAGCCAGGUUCCUGGAGAAGGUGCUCAACAUGGAGCAUCGGCCUACACAGAGGCUUCACUUUCUCUGCAGGGUUUGUUCUGUGGCUAACGGAGGGUACAGAAAAUUAACAACACACGGGUGGCACAGGGGAAGAGUGAGCCCUAAGCCGAUGAACAUUCAAGAUAUGGGGGCAAAUGGGCUUACAGGAGCAUAUUUUCAAGGUAAUUAAUGUAGGGAGUACUUUGAGGGCACAGGAAACUGAGUAAAGAUGAAAAUGUGGGCUGCGCAUGGUGGCUCACACCUGUAAUCCCAGCACUUUCGGAGGCUAAAGUGGGAGGACUGCUUGAGGCCAGAACUGAAGACCAGCCUGGGCAACACAGCAAGAUCCCUGUCUCUAGAAAAAAAUUAUUUAACAAUUAGUUGGGUGUAUUGCCAUGCACCUGUACUCUCGGCUACUCGGGAAGCUGAGUUGGGAGGAUGGUUUGAGCCCAGGAGUUUGGAGGCUGCGGUGAGUUAUGACUGUGCCACUGCACUCCAGCCUGGGCCACGGAGUGAGAUCUGUUUCAAAAAAACAAGGGAAAUGUGAUUGCCCUUUUUAAACCAGGCUUAAGUCAGUUCGUAGUGGAAAGAGGUCCAGUGUCUUCUAAGCAGGGACUUAGACACUGACACACCUAGCAAACUUGAUCAAUAGAAGGCUCAGGGCAGCCAACUCUGGCAGCGUGUCCUGCUCUGUUCCUGAGAGAAAACGGUCUUAUCUGGGUCACAGGAAAGGAAGGCGCUAUCAUGAGACCAGCUGUCCAGAGCCUCAGCCUCACUUUGCUCCAAUUCCCCAUCAGCUCUCCCCUAGUAUUUCAAUCCUGGCAGAGACGGGAUAAUUUUCACGCCUUGGAUAGGGCAUGAAAGCACCAGCCAUUGGAAGAGGGGCUCUCCAUAGCAAUUUACAGCUGCUGACGAAUGCACCGACCCAGUGCGGCUGAGCUCCUGUGAGCUGCCCCGGGAGUCUGAGUAUCUCUAGAUGGAAAGAAAGAGAUGCCAGUACUGGGAGGACCAAGGGUGCAGCCUUGACCAGAACCUGCACUGAGGGAUGGCCAGUCUAGGAGGUCUCUGGGGCACCUGGUGGCCUUUUUCACUGCUGUGACCUUGCUCUCUGUUUCUUCAAAUUCCUACAGCUACAAUUAGACCCUCUCCCUCAACAUGUCCCAGCCACAAUUCUAUCUGGAGUGGCAACACAUACAAACUCAUGCACACACACACGCACGCCACAAUUUGUCUCCAAGAAUCAUGAAGUUUUCAUAUAAACCACAGAAUAUAUUUAAUUCAAAUUAAACAUGAAACUAGAAUAAUGUUCGGUCCUUAUCAAGUAGCAAUUACAUUGUUUAAAAAAAAAAAAAAA